ACGUACGCAACAGAUGUUAAGUUGAACCCGGUCUAAAGUUGUUUAGAUUUCGGUUACUAUUCCUACAAAAAUGGACUUUCAGCGAAACGAUGCUAUGCUAAUGGAAAUUCUUCAGGAUCGGAAAACUAUUAUCGGAUUCCUGGACUCCAUUUUUGGCUUUCUGCGACGCAAUACCGACUUUUAUCACACAAAACUUGAUGAAGCGGAUAAAAUAGGCUUCCCUAAAGGCGUCCGGGAUCAGAUUUUACAUGGAGCCAUGCAGCGCUACGAUCCGGAUUGCUUGAUCCAAGCCCUGACCGCGCAAGGCGGAGCAGAUGAUGGGGAAUCGGCUCCGCCUGCCGUCGAAGAAGUGGUCCUGGAAAGCGAAAAUGUUUCUCAGGACGAGGAAAUAAAUCCCAUAGAGAGUCGUCCGCCACAAAAAGGGAAAGAGCAGUCAAAGUUCUCCCCCAGCGACUACAAAAACGGAGAUGUGUUUGAAACUUACUGCUGGUCACAAUCCCUCAAGGACGUGGAGGUGCAGGUUCUGCUUCCCAAGGAUCACCAAGCGGCAAAGAAGCUAAACAUUUUAAUUCAGGCCCAGCACAUUAAAGUAAGCAGCAUGCCUAACCCACAGACAAUAAUCCUCGAGGGAAACCUGAGCCAGCGGAUUAAACACAACGAGGCGGUGUGGACAAUUGACCAGAACCGAUUAAUCAUCAGUUGCGAUAAAGCAAAGGAGCUCUGGUGGGAGAGGCUCUUCGACGAUGAUCGAGAAAUCGAUGCCAAGAAGAUUGAAUGCGAGCGCUAUAUCGACGAUUUGCCGGUGGAAACCCAAGCUACCUUAGAAAAGCUUAGGGUCCAGCAGUUGGCAGCAGACAAGCAACAAAAUAAAAUUCACACCUCAAACCACGAACAAGCUAUAACCUUGGAUCGCUUAAGAGCUGCCUGGGAUGCCGAAGGUUCGCCGUUUAAAGGACAGCCCUUUGAUCCUUCUGUUGUAAGAAUGAGUUAGAUUUUAUAAUAAGUGGCUAAGCUAACAAUAAUAGUAGUAAUAGCAAAACAAAUGAACCAUUAAAAGGUUACUUCAUGUAAAAUUA